GGGAGGAGGUGGCGAAGGCAGCGGGGAAAUUCAAACGUGUUUCCGGAGAGGUGUUGGGGUACCGCUGUUUUGUCUGCAGCUUGGCUUUCUGAGGAGACGAGUUACAAUUUAGAAAUGGAGGCUGAAGAGUUAAUCGUCAGAAAUUUGACAAUUGAUUCCAUCAUGAACAAAGUGAGAGAUAUUAAAAAUAAGAUAAAUGAAGACCUAACUGAUGAGCUAAACUCCAUCAAAGUCUGUGUUGAUUCCACAGAAACUGUUAACCAAAUUAUGAUGGUUGAGAACACCCCAGAGAACUGGUUGAAUUUCUUGCUGAAACUAGAGAAAAACAGCCCACCUCUAAAUGAUGCGCUUUUAAAUAAGCUGAUUGGUCGGUAUAGUCAAGCGAUUGAAGCACUUCCUCCAGAUAAAUAUGGACAGAAUGAGAGCUUUGCUCGAAUACAAGUGAGACUUGCUGAAUUAAAAGCUAUUCAAGAGCCUGACGAUGCUCAUGAUUACUUUCAAAUGGCCAGAGAAAACUGCAAGAAGUUUGCUUUUGUGCAUGUAUCUUUUGCACAGUUUGAACUGUCUCAAGGCAAUCUUAAAAAAUGUGAGCAGCUUCUUUAUAAAGCUGUGGAGACUGGGGCGGUGCCGCUGCAGAUGUUGGAGAUUGCCAUCCAUAACUUACACCUCCAGAAGAAGCAGCUGCUUUCAGAGGAGGACAAAAAGAGUUUAUCAGCAUCUACAGUACUAACUGCCCAAGAAUCAAUCUCCAGUUCUCUUGGAAAUUUACAGAAUAGGAACAUGAGUUGUGAUUCUAGAGGACAGGCUGCUGCAGCCAGGAUUUUAUAUGGAGAGAACAUGCCUCCGCAAGAUGCAGAAGUCAGUCAUCGAAAUCCCUUAAAGCAGACUAACAAAACUAAACGGUCAUGCCCCUUUGGAAGAGUCCCAGUUAAUCUGCUAAACAGCCCAGAUUACUAUGUGAAGACAGAUGGUUCAGCUGUGCCACAAUUUACAAAAAGAAAGGUAUCUGGAUCAGAAUACCGAGAUUCGAUUAUGCCUGGAUCCAAAUCAAGUGGAAAUGAUUCCUAUGAAUUGAGAGGUUUAAAGCCCAUUCAAACUAUCCAUUUGAAAGACACUCUGGUGUCCAGUGAAAAGAGUUCUGAACUUAUGUCUGAUUUAGUAACCUUGAAGAGUAAAACAGAUUCAAGUCAAACAAAAUUGGAAGAAACUAAAGUUCGUCAAGAACCAGAGAUUCCAGAAAGAAGGCACAAGCAGUGGCAGUCUGCCAGAAAUCCUGAGUGUGUGAUCCAGAACUCUGCUGCAUUUGCACACCAGUGGCAUGUUCCAGAAGUAACCCCAAAGGCUGAUAAAGAGCAGAAGUGUACCACUGCUGAACAACUUGCCUUUUCUGUUUCAAAGCAGUCACCACCGAUACCAGUUCCUAAAUGGCUUGAUCCAAAGUCCGUCUGUGAGACACCUAGUAGCAGUACCAUGGAUGAUUACAUGAAAUGUUUUAAGACUCCAGUUAUAAAGACUGACUUUCCAUCUGCCUGUCCGUCAUCAACCCCUUACAGCCAGCUUGCCCGACUCCAGCAGCAGCAGCAGCAGCAGCAGCAAGGGCUCAGCACUCCUCUUCAAAACUUACAGAUUUCAGGAUCGUCAUCAAUGAAUGAAUGCAUUUCAGUUAAUGGAAGAAUUUAUUCUAUAUUAAAACAGAUAGGCAGUGGAGGUUCAAGUAAGGUGUUUCAGGUAUUGAAUGAGAAGAAACAGAUAAAUGCUAUCAAAUACGUGAACCUAGAAGAUGCCGAUAGCCAAACUAUUGACAGCUACCGCAAUGAGAUAGCUUAUUUGAACAAACUACAACAACACAGUGAUAAGAUCAUCCGCCUCUAUGAUUAUGAAAUCACGGAGCGGUACAUCUACAUGGUAAUGGAAUGUGGAAACAUUGACCUUAAUACUUGGCUUAAAAAGAAAAAAUCCAUCAAUCCAUGGGAACGAAAGAGCUACUGGAAAAACAUGUUGGAGGCAGUACACACAAUCCAUCAACAUGGCAUUGUUCACAGUGAUCUGAAGCCUGCUAACUUUCUAAUAGUUGAUGGAAUGCUAAAGCUAAUUGAUUUUGGGAUUGCAAACCAAAUGCAGCCAGACACAACAAGCAUUGUUAAAGAUUCUCAGGUUGGCACAGUUAACUACAUGGCCCCAGAGGCAAUCAGAGACAUGUCUUCUUCAAGAGAAAAUGGGAAAAUCAAGACCAAGAUAAGUCCCAGAAGUGAUGUUUGGUCCUUGGGGUGCAUUUUGUACUAUAUGACUUAUGGGAAAACACCAUUUCAGCAUAUCAUUAAUCAGGUCUCUAAACUACAUGCCAUAAUUGACCCUAGUUAUGAAAUUGAAUUUCCUGAGAUUUCGGAAAAAGAUCUUCGAGACGUGCUGAAGUGCUGUUUAGUAAGGAACCCUAAAGAGAGGAUAUCUAUCCCUGAGCUUCUUGCACAUCCGUAUGUCCAAAUUCAGCCUCAUCCAGGCAGCCAACUGGCUAGGGAAACCACUGAUGAGAUGAAAUAUGUGUUGGGUCAACUUGUUGGUCUGAAUUCUCCUAACUCCAUCUUGAAAACUGCGAAAACUUUGUAUGAACGUUAUAAUUGUGGCGAAAGUCAAGAUUCUUCAUCAUCCAAGAGUUUUGACAAAAAGAGAGAAAGAAAGUAAUGCACAGCUACGCGCAAACCAAAAACACUAAAGUUCUUUGUCUGCUAUACUCUUGAAUCUCUCAGGAAAUCCACCAGUUGGAAACAACUUCACCUGGAUUUUAUCAGUUAAGGAAAAAAAAACAAAAAACCACAGUAGAUUAUCCUCAAAAGAAGGCUGUAAAGUAGACCACUCAUAGCACUGUGUAUAUUAAAUUAUAGGGUUGUGCUUUUGUUUUAUGCUUUCCUGUAUAUCUGUCUGCUAACAUUUAACAUUUGAAGCAGUGGAUGAUAGCUGGGAUGUUGAAGAUCUCUGUAAAUAAAGUUUACCACACUUCCA